AUGGUAACCGAGAGACGAUCUUGCGAUGACACAUCUCAGCCCGGCUGUAAUGGAUCCAGUGAGGGCCGAUCGAAACGGGAGCUCGCCUUACGACACGAGAUUGGCCGCUCGAGACGUUGCUCUUCAGUGCAACAAGUCGAGAUCACUGCUGUCCACAUCAAGCUCUGUGCUAACAGUGAAAGUCACACCAAAUCACCUGGGCCCGGUCGACAAGCCAACACCCGAGCUCUUGCCCGUGCGAGUAUGUACCUCCGCCGAAUUGAGGAGGCCACCCCUGUCCCUACCGGCAGCACACAUAGAGGAUGA